GAAAAGAGGAAAAACGGCCAGUUCGUGUUCUUUUUUGCUUGUCUGAUAAAGUCAAAAGUUUUAAUUAUUGAUUCACUCUAAAAAAUCAAGUAUUAAAACAGUACCAAACCGUAGUAAUAUCCUCUACUAUAGUUUUCCCGUAUCGUAGCAAAUUUUUACGGCUAGGUAUAAUUUUAAUACCAAGCGGUAGCAAAUUUAAUACAGAGAAAACAUUACCAGAUACCUAUGUAACAGUUUUCCCAAGUAUCACCAUAGAAAUCUGAAAUUCUUUAAAAUGAGCAAAUUCAAGGAAUUAUUGUCCCAGAGGGUCGUCCAGAUUAGGAUUUUAUCCAUCGUUUUUGGCAUUUUAGCGCUGUCCUUGUCCCACAACCAUUUACCCAUUUCAGAGGAAGAAGCCUUCUUUUUCUGUAGCGCGUUGUGCUUAUCCAUCUCCGUUAUCUUGCUCGUUCUAACGUGCUCGAUGGGAUUGAAAGAUUCAGAAACAAUACAGAAAGUGGACAAACUUUACCACAUCGCUGCCGGGAUUUGUUUAAUCACCACGGCGUCCUUCUUCCUCGUGUCCACUGCGAGGUUUAAGCAAGCAUGGAAAAUCUCUUACACGAACGACGGCUUCGUUUACGAGUUGAAUUAUGAACGCAGAGUUUCUGCUGGGGCUUUUGGAAUUUUGUAUGCCAUCACUUGUGGAAUAAUUGAGUUCUUUUUGUGGAGACAGGAAUGAAAAUGUCUAAGAAAAAGGUAUAUAAUUGCUGAGUGAAAUUUCGAGUACAAAAUAAUUCCAGAUGUUCAUAAAAGUUUGAAAUUUUGAAAUCAUACUUAUGUACAAAAGUUUGCCAUGAAUUUUCUCAUUAUUUUAAUCCACCUUUUCUAACUCUUAUUUAAUAAUUUUUAUGAGAUAAGCUUUUGAUUGUACGUAGCUCUUCCUUAAAUAUUUGGUUAUCUGAACUUUUGUCAAACUAAUUUUACGAACAAUUCAAGUACAUACGUUUUCAAGUAAAUUAGCAUUUAAGAAAUGGAAUCAUGUAUUUAUUUACGUUCACUUGUUUUUUUUGUACUCAAAUAUCUUAACUAAUUAGACACCACCACGGCGAGGCUGGAUCUUUUUUACAUGCACGCAUAUAUUUUUUUUGCAUAUGUGUACAUAAUAUUAACCUCUUUCAACUUUAUUUAUCUCGAUUAAAAUUUCCGUUAAGUACCAU